UCUUAUGUGCCAACUCCAACAAUGAGCCGAUAGCUCACUUUUUUUGGGGAGCUUGUGAUUAAAUGUAAGAGGAGGAGAAGAAGAUAAACUCUACAGUGCUUUUGUCACCACAUCUUCGCCACUACGCAACUCUGAGCUGCCAUCUGGGGACCCCAGGCAGCAGAUCAUGAAGAAGAUGGCAUCUCAGCAACCCUGGACACAGAUCAUGAUCACAUUGUUGUCUCUAUGCUCCCUCAUCCUGUGCAGCACUGUGGCAGAUGUCCCAGAGGAAGAAGGCUUCGGUGCUGAGGCAUGGCUUCGUAAGUUUGGUUAUCUGUCUCAGGCGAGCAGACAGAUGUCCACCAUGCAGUCGGCUCAGAUUCUGUCCAAAGCCAUCAGCGACAUGCAGCGCGUCUACGGGCUGGAGGUGACUGGAAAGAUGGACCCUGCCACUGUCACGGCCAUGCGCCAACCUCGUUGUGGCCUCCCAGACAGAAAACCAGAGGAGGUGGGCGAUGGUGCGAGGAAGAAACGCUACACACUCACUGGGCAGCAGUGGGACAAAGACCACAUCACUUACAGUAUAAUGAACCAGCUCAUCCCCUCAUCGCUGGGAGCGGAUUGGACGUAUGAAGCAAUCCGCAAGGCCUUUGAUGUGUGGAGUAAGGUCACCCCGCUCACCUUUGAGGAGCUGCCUGCUGAAAACAACAUCAACAUCAACAGCAGCCAGACAGAGCUCGCUGACAUCCUGCUGUUGUUUGCCUCUGGUUUCCACGGCGAUAUGUCCUUGUUUGAUGGCGAGGGGGGGUCGCUGGCACACGCCUACUAUCCCGGACCAGGCAUUGGAGGCGAUACACACUUUGAUGCUGAUGAGCCCUGGACGCUUGAGAACCAAAAUCCAGAGGGUAUAGACCUCUUCCUGGUUGCGGUCCAUGAGCUUGGUCAUGCGCUGGGUCUGGAGCACUCCGAUAACCCCAGUGCCGUAAUGGCUCCUUUUUACCAGUGGGUUCACACACACAACUUCACUCUGCAUGAGGAUGACAUCAAAGGAAUACAGUACAUAUAUGGUCUUCCUCUCAUCACCAAUGCUCCACCCACUGCUCCUCGCGACCCUGACGACGAAGCCAACGCUGACUCCCCCACCUCCGCUUCUCCUCCUGAAGAUGAACCCACUUCAUCUUCCCCCACCGACCCCCAGCCCGAAACACCCAACCCAACCGACGAUAACCCGGAUGCCCCAGCCCAUCCGGAGGUGACCCCAAGCCCAACCUCAACUCCUGUCCCCCCCACCUCCACCACCACCACCGACUCCCAGCCUGAGCCGGAGCCUGUCACCCCAGUGAUUAGAAAAGAUGUCCCAGCUCCUCCGCCUCCUCCUCCUCCUCCUCGGCCCUCUGUUCCUCCACGGCCUCCGAAGCUGCCAGACAACCAGGCCCCCGACAUCUGUGACGGCAACUUUGACACGGUGACCAUGCUGAGAGGGGAGAUGUUUGUUUUCAAGGGUCGUUGGUUCUGGAGGGUGCGGAGGAACCGGGUCUUGGAUAACUACCCCAUGCCCAUAUCCGUCUUCUGGAUCGGCCUGCCCAGUGACAUCGACGCUGCCUAUGAACGCCACGAUGGAAAAUUUGUCUUCUUUAAAGAUGAUAGAUACUGGGUGUUCAGGGAGGCCGACGUGCUGCCAGGAUACCCACAGCCCAUACAUGAGUAUGGACAAGGAGUUCCUGCGCACAAGAUUGACACAGCAAUCUGGUGGGAGCCCAACGGAUACACAUACUUCUUCACAGGAGACAGGUACUGGCGAUACAAUGAGGAAACCCGGACGACAGACCGCGACUUCCCCAAGCCAAUCAGCAGAUGGGGCAGGAUCCCUCCCUCACCCAAAGGAGCCUUCCUCAGUGAUGAUGGCGCUUACACAUAUUUCUACAAAGGCACUAAUUACUGGAGGUUUGACAACCGCAAGACAGAAGCAGACAAAGGCUACCCUCGCUCCAUCCUGAAGGACUUCAUGGGCUGCCUGGGAGCCCCUGAACCUGAGCCCGACACUGACACUGAGCAGGAACCGAAAGACAAACCAGUGAAGCCUUCAGACCGAGGCAAAGACGAGCACAAAGAGCCAGACCGAGGCCGAGACAAAGACACAAACUCAGAGGAAGACCCAAACUCCAAGCCUGACAGCACAGAGGAAGAGGAGGACAAAGAGGUGAAUGUGGUCGUGACUGUGGCUGACGAUGAAUCAAAGGUCAUGACCCUGAUCAUGGUGAUCGUUCCUCUGGUACUCAUCCUGUGCAUCCUCAUCCUAAUCUACGCCAUCCUCAGGACUCUGCAGAACAAAGAGACGCCGAGGGCCUUGGUGCACUGCAAGCGUUCACUGCAGGACUGGGUGUGACGCACGGAAUUAGAGAGCAUAGAGCGGGUAUUGAUCAUUUGUCAGGUGCAGACGCUGGCAUCAAAUUUUUUACUCACGGCGCGGUGGAAAGAAGCUUUGACUCAGUACUAAAGUCAAAGAAAUCUGAGGAGAAGUCAACUUUUUGAGUCCCAUUCAUUGUGAGAACUUUUAUUGCUCAUGUGAAACAAUCUUUAAGUGGUAAAGUUGGUGCCUAUGGAGCUACAGUGUACUUUCCCCUCUACUGGCCUUGAAGUUUUUCUCCUGUGCCUCCCUUUGUGCCUUUCAAAUGUCUGAAAAAGGACCUCUUUAUUCAAAAUCAUGCCCGUUUCCAUCCAACUUAAAAAAAAUAAUGUGUCACCAAAUGUGUACUGUAAAAGACACAAGACACUCAAGGAAUCUGAGUUUCGAUCAACUCUUAAUUGUACCAAGGAGGGACAGAUGGUGUAUUUGUAGUAUAAAUGCAGACAAAGUCAAUAAUGCACAUAGUUUAACCAGAAGCACACACACUGUACAUACACACAACGAUUAAAACAAAUACAAAUACAUGCAUUAAUAUGAACAAGUCUUUCAUACGUUUGACUAAGGUGCCAAGGUGCCAAUCUUGACUUCUUCUCUCUGUUUAGAACAGAUAGUUUGCACUUUUGAUUCUGUUUUUUGUUGUUUUUAUUUUGCUGAGGUUGCUUCACUGCUGACGUGCGUGUGUGUUCGUGCAAAGCAGAACUCUCUGUAAACACACAGACACUCGCAGGAGAAGCUCGUCCUCCGACCAGCGCAGGAAUGUCAGACAGCUGUGUGCGUCCAUGACCGCCCGUCUCCCACUGAGCCCAUUAUGUCUGUCCUCUCUCUCUCUCUCUCUCUCUCACAUAUACACACACAUGCACACAUGCCCCAACAUCAUAUGAUCUAAAAAAAAAAACCCUAAGUGCACUCAUUUGUGCAUGCAUGUCCACAUAUGCAGACAAAAACACAUAGAGACCACUUCCCCAGACAAAGGCACAUAGAGUUUUUGCACACAGACACACGGGCUCCAGCCUCCCCUCCUCCCACCACAGCCAUGAUAACUGUUCAGACUGCAGCACUAAAAACACAAUCCCAGCGGAGACAUAUUGAUAUAUGACUGGUGCCACGGCUGGAAUGAAAUACACGAGGGGGCAAUUUAAUCACUUUUAACAAGUAGAAUUGAAAAGUGUUGUGGUUUAUACAAAUUCUGUCCAUCUCAACUCAACCUGUGAAGAGUAAAAACAUAGCACCAGUAUCUAUCUUUCUGUAUCUCCUCUUCCUUUUUCAUUCUAAAGCUAAACAGAGUCGAAGCUAAUUAAGUGUACAAGGGAGAACCCUGCAGGCCAGAGAAGAAUGGGUCAGGGUCUGGUUUCCAUUAAACCCACAUGUUGCUGAUUUAGUAGUGUCAGGCAUGAGAGGGUGGAGAGAGGGGAGUUGGGGAAAAAUGCAAAAAAGAAGGUGGUAUAAAAAAUGGUGGUGGAGUUAUAAGAGAAGGGCAAAUGAGAGAGAAUGAGGUGAAGAGGGAAAGAAAGAAAGUGGGGGAGGCAGAGAUUAAAGGGGGGGAGAGGCAGAGUUCUGCCAGCAUUUCCUUUCCAAGGGAGGGAGGUUGGAGGGAUUUUGGGGAGGGGCAGCGCUGGCGUUGUGCCUCCUGACCUAGAUUGGGCCACUUAGUCCACUCCUCCUUUUCAACUCUUCUUAUUUCUGCUCUGCUUGUUGUCAUGAGCAGGAGAUGACUUCCUCUGCGACCCCCCUCUCCUAACCUUUCUGUUUCCUCUUUUACUUUUUGUUUUUCCAUUCUUAGUCUGUCCUUUCUGUUUAAUUGCUGUAACUCACCCCGCGUCUGUGCUCCCAAAUGUAUUCAUUUUCUUCUCCACUCUUGUGGAAAAUCAGCUCAAGCAUUUAAAAGAUAAUUCAUGCACAGAAACAUCUGCAGGAUGUGUUGUGAUCCUGUCACUAUCUAUCUGUCUGUCUGUCUUUACCUUGCUUUUCUCUGUCUUAAGCCAGUAUUCACAUGCUACAAUCAUUAACCUCUCAGCUUUAUAUUUCUGCCUUGACAUUGUGCUUGUAUUUUGUUUUGGCCUGUGUUACAUGUUUCAUUGUGCCUUUUUUCUGUGAAUAUUGGGGGUAAUGUCUUUUUACUAUAAAUAGCAUGAGGGACAGUUUUUAAAAAUGUGUUUCUUCCCUUUUUUACUAAUCAUUUGUAGUUUUGUACAUUUUGUUUCUGUUCAGGUUUUCUGUAAGAACAGCAGUAGACUAUUACAAUGAUGUUGAUGCAUGCAGGGCAUGUUCUGUUAGGCCUGUGCACUCCUGUGUAGAGUACAAUAGAGAUUUCACAAUAAAACUCACAGGU